UCCGCGCGUGACCUUGAGUAGUAAAAUUAAUAGCAGUUCACACAGGCUCACACUUGGUGUUUGAGCAAUGGUGAAGGCGUACUUGAGGUACGAGCCGGCCGCAUCUUUCGGGGUGAUUGUGUCGGGGGACUCAAACAUCGCUUACGACAGCACCGGCAAGCUCUUGCUGGCAGCGGCUUUGGAGAAAGUCGGCGUGUGGCAUGUCCGCCAGGGCGUGUGUGGCAAAACUCUAGCUCCUGCGCUUUCCUCGACCUCCCGCGGCCCCGCUCUAGCAAUUACCUCUAUCGCUGCCUCCCCUUCUCCUUCUCUUAUAGCAAGUGGAUAUGCUGAUGGUAGCAUAAGAAUAUGGGAUUCUGAAAAAGGAACAUGUGAAACCACAUUGAACGGACAUAAAGGAGCUGUAACAGCCCUUCGCUACAACAGACUUGGAUCUCUGCUUGCAUCUGGGAGCAAGGAUAAUGACAUUAUUUUGUGGGAUGUGGUUGGGGAGGCUGGACUUUUUCGCCUUCGUGGUCACCGUGAUCAGGUUACAGACCUUGUUUUCUUGGAUUCUGGUAAAAAACUGGUUAGUUCAUCUAAGGACAAGUUUUUGAGAGCUUGGGAUCUGGAUACACAACAUUGUAUGCAGAUUAUUAGCGGGCAUCAUAGUGAAAUCUGGUCCAUAGACAUUGAUCCUGAGGAGAGAUAUCUUGUCACUGGAUCUGCGGACCCUGAACUCCGCUUUUACAUGAUAAAGCAUGAUUUUACUAGACAAGAACCUUUGGCAUCUGAAAAGAAAACUGUGACAAGUGAUAAAGAGACCUCAUAUGAAAAUAAAUGGGAAGUCCUGAAGCAGUUUGGUGAAAUUCAGCGACAGAGCAAGGACAGAGUUGCUACAUUGAGAUUUAAUAAGUCCGGAAAUCUAUUGGCAUGUCAAGUUGCAGGAAAGACAGUGGAGAUAUUCCGUGUACUGGAUGAGUCUGAAUCUAAGCGCAAAGCAAAGAGGAGAAUUCAUAGAAAGAAGGAGAAAAAAGCUUUAAAAGGGGCAGUUGAGAUGGAGAAUGGUGAUGCAAAUGUCGUAGCAGAAGAUGGAAGCUGUCCGGUUGUUACCGUCCCUGAUGUAUUUAAGCUUCUUCAAACUUUACGAGCUAGUAAGAAGAUAUCAUCUAUUUCUUUCUCUCCUAUUAGCUCGAAGAGCUCACUGGCCACUUUAGCGUUGUCUUUGAAUAAUAACCUAUUGGAAAUUUAUUCAAUUGAAAGCAGUUCAACUACAAGAACUAGCACUAUUGAGCUCCAAGGACAUCGUUCUGACGUUAGGAGUGUCACACUUAGCUCUGACAACACUCUUUUGAUGUCAACAAGUCAUAGUGCAAUCAAGAUAUGGAACUCCAGUACUGGUUCUUGCCUUCGUACUAUUGAUUCAGGAUAUGGUCUAUGUGGUCUUUUUGUUCCUGGUAACAAGUAUGCAGUUAUUGGUACAAAGGGUGGAACAAUAGAAAUUGUUGAUGUACGAAGUGGUACAUGUGUGGAAGUAGUUGAGGCGCACGGUGGUUCUGUUCAAUCAAUUGCUCCGACUCCAGAUGGGAGUGGUUUUGUUACUGGGAGUGCGGAUCACGAUGUUAAGUUCUGGGAGUACCAAACUAUACGAAAACCUGGUCAAGAUGCCAAGCAUUUGACUGUAUCUCCUACAAGGAACUUGAAAAUGAAUGAUGAUGUUCUUGUGGUGGCUGUCAGCAGUGAUGGUAAACACAUUGCUCUUGCCCUGUUGGACUGCACAGUUAAGGUGUGA